UUUAAUAGCUCUCUUUGUUUUUUGGUUCAUGAUACCAUAUCUCUCUUUCUCUCUAUCCUUUCAAGUUUGAGAGAGACUUUGAGGAGUGGAUUAGAGAAGAAUUUGGUUUGAUUUAGUUUUGUGAUUGCCCUUUUUGAGGAGUGAUACCGUUAUGGCUCACUUUACAUGCCUUUGAUCAAUUCCUGAGAGGAUUCUUACUUAUAUUUUCUCGGUUUCUGUUUUGACUUUAUUUUUUUAGAGUUAGUUCUAGAAAUCUUUGAUUAUUCCACUUUUAAAGAAGAAGAAAAAUGAAGGAGGAACAAUCAAGAACUCUGUUUGGAAUCUCUCUGUCUGAUCGACCAACUUGGCAACAGUUUCUCAUUUGCACUUCUGGUUUCUUCUUUGGCUAUCUCGUUAACGGAGUUUGCGAGGAAUAUGUUUAUAAUCGUCUCCAAUUUAGCUUUGGUUGGUACUUCACGUUUAUACAAGGGUUUGUCUACUUAUUUCUCAUCUACCUUCAAGGCUUCACCACAAAACAUAUUGUGAAUCCCAUGAGAACUUAUGUCAAACUCUCUGCUGUUCUCAUGGGAUCACAUGGACUAACCAAAGGAUCUUUGGCUUACCUCAACUAUCCUGCUCAAAUCAUGUUCAAAUCCACCAAGGUGUUGCCGGUAAUGAUAAUGGGAGCUUUCAUACCUGGUUUGAGAAGAAAAUACCCGGUCCAUGAAUACAUUUCAGCCUUCUUGCUCGUUCUUGGUUUGAUCCUAUUCACAUUAGCAGACGCACAAAUGUCUCCGAAUUUCGGUAUGAUUGGGAUUUUGAUGAUUUCUGGUGCGUUAAUCAUGGAUGCUUUCUUGGGUAAUCUUCAAGAAGCCAUUUUCACUAUGAAUCCUGAGACAACUCAGAUGGAGAUGCUUUUCUGCUCAACGGUUGUUGGAUUACCCUUCUUAUUUGUUCCCAUGGUCUUAACCGGUGAGCUUUUCCGUGCGUGGACUGCGUGCUCACAACAUCCGUACGUGUAUGGAGUGCUUGUAUUCGAAGCCAUGGCCACGUUCAUCGGUCAAGUCUCCGUUCUAUCGCUCAUUGCACUCUUUGGGGCCGCUACAACCGCCUUGAUAACAACAGCGAGGAAAGGGGUUACGUUGUUGCUGUCGUAUUUGAUAUUCACAAAGCCGUUAACAGAGCAGCACGGAUCGGGAUUGCUGUUGAUAGCCAUGGGAAUUGUAUUGAAGAUGGUACCGAUGGAUAGUAAACCUCCGAGCAAGAUUCCAGCGAGACCAACGAUUAGGAACGAUGGGGGUGAGGGUGAUAGAGGAGAUGAAGAAGAGAGAAAGUCAUUGGUUUAGUAUAUGUGCCAAAUUAUCUAUUUAUUAUACAUAUGUAUAUCAGAAGUUUAAAGGGUUUAUAUAGAAUAAUACUGGACUAAGAAAAAAAGCAAAUGUUGAGCUGAUAAACUGCUAGUCCAUUGGUGUCAACGACAUUGUAAUGACUAAUGAGUGAAGCCAAACAACGUUGUAUGGAAA